AUCUGUGGAUAAUAUAGCUGCAGUCGUUGCCGUGAAUCUUGAACCGACUUCUACUUCGUCAACUCAGAGCCACGCCCACCAGUCUCCGCGAGGAAAAAGCGCUGCACAGAAAACCAAAGAGCUGAGCCAAUUUGGACCUUUACUCACACGUUUUUAUCAAAACAAGAUGAAAAAGAUACUUAUGUUGCUUUUCUUCUGUCACGUUUCAUCUCCAGUGAGACACUCGCUUGAGUAUAUUGUAACUGCAUCUAUGGGAGUCCCAAACAUCCCAGAGUUUAUGGGUGCUGCAAUGUUUGACGGACUUCUGUUGGGUUCCUGUGACACUAAAAAGGUGACAGUAAAUCCCAAACUGGGCUGGAUUAAAACAUUAUUAGAAUACUUUCCUGAGCAGAUGGAGCGGUACGUUGAGGAGUGUACUGCGGUUCAGCCACACUUCUUCAGAGCCACACUAUCUACUUUAAAGCAGCGCUUUAACCAAUCUGGAGGUGUCCACAUUUUACAGAGGAUGAGGGGCUGUGAGUGGGACGAUGAGACUGGAGAAGUUAAUGGUUUUAUGCAGUUUGGUUACAAUGGAGAAGACUUCAUAGCAUUGGAUCUGAAGACGUGGACAUGGAUUGCUCCGAAACCACAGGCAGUCGUGACCAAACUGAGAUGGGAUGCUGACAAAGCCAGAUUACAACACUAUAAGAAUGACAUCUCUAAGAUUUGCCCUGAUUGGAUAGAGAAGUUUUUGGCCUAUGGAAAGAGCUCUCUGCUCAGGACGGAGCGUCCCUCAGUGUCUCUCCUCCAGAAGUCUCCGUCCUCUCCAGUCAGCUGCCACGCUACAGGUUUCUACCCCGACAGAGCCAUGAUGUUCUGGAGGAAAGACGGAGAGGAGAUUCACGAGGACGUGGACCUCGGAGAGAUCCUCCCCAACCACGAUGGAUCCUUCCAGAUGAGCGUUGAUCUGGAUGUUUCGUCAGUCGCACCUGAAGACUGGAGCAGGUACGACUGUGUGUUUCAUCUCUCUGGUUUGGAGGAGGACAUCGUCACCAAACUGGACAAAGCAGCGAUCAGGACCAACUGGGAGAAGUCCUCUGACAGAAACACUGCCAUCACUGCUGCGGUGUCUGUUCUUGCUGUUGUCCUCAUGGUCGUCACUGGAGUCACUGUUUAUAAAAAGAAGACGGCUGAAUGCCCGCCAUGUCCUCCUGAUAACAUGUCUGAGCUCUCUCAGAAACUCAAUUCAAAGACCUGAUGCAAAGACACGUUCUGCACGCAGUGGAUCGCUUCCAAAAUGGAACAGCAAAGCAUCAAACAGCACCUGAAAUCAUAAGCUUACACGCCUUCAUAUUAGAAGUUUGCAAUUUACAAACUCUGCUUGUCUGCUUCAUCAGGAUUAUGUUUCAUCAGACUGGACUGAUGUUCCCUUUGAGCUCUGAUUACUUCAUGCAUGUAGUGACAAGAUGAGUGAGAAAAGAAGUUUUCAGCGUAGAUUCAAAACAAAACAAAGCAAAAAAACAAGAAGAGAAUAAACAAAAAGUAUAUGUAUAGUUAUCAAAGUAAAAAAUGUUUAAUAUUAUGUUACAAAAGAAUUAUAUUUUUCAGGUCAUUUUCAUGUAACUCUUUACUAGUUAUGUGCUAAUUUUGGGAUUAUGUCUUCUUUCAUUUAUUAUUUUCCUCACGCCAUAUUUGAAGGAAAUCAGGCCAAUUUUCUCAGGUUUCAAAGGGUUAACCCAGAUCUGUUGCCCUCCCUCAUGGACACUUUUGACGCCAUCUAGUGGUUACAAGAGCAAAAUACACCGAUCCAUGUACAAAAACAAAACAAGUGAUUCCAACACAAAAGUGGGCAAAAAAUGGUUGAAGGUUGAAAUUUGUUUUUUUAAAGGCCUAAUUAAGUUUGUAGUUUGAUAUGGAAUAAAAAAUGUAACCAAUUAUAGAAAAACUUACAAAAUAAAACCCUGUUUAUUAGAAACAA